GUUUUCGUAGAGCAAACACACACUACUUUUCUGUUUUCAUUUUCCGAGUCUCAGUUCUAGUGCAUAGGACACUUUUCCCUCUCCAAGUCAUGCUGGUAAUGAAAACUAACUGAAUGCUGGCCAGAGAUUUAGUGGGCAGUUCUUGUCCUAGCGCAAUGGCCAGAGACAAUCGCUGGUUGCAAGUCGAGGUAUGCCGAGACUAUUUGCGAGGAGAUUGCUCUCGGUCUAAUGACGAUUGUAAAUAUGCUCAUCCUCCGGAGCAUGUGGACGUAAAUAAUGACAAAGUCGUUUCAUGUUAUGACCACUUGAAAGGUCAAUGCACUCGGGCGAAGUGCAAAUACCUCCAUCCCAGCCGCCGCAUCAAGAAAGAGCAAUUGGAUAAUGCGGGCAGAACGCAUGGCCAUCACCAGAAUGGAGAUGCGAACUACCCAGCGACGAGAUCUUCAUUGAUCAGCCCCUCGAUUCCACAGCUGGCCAUGGAGCCGACUAUUGACCCGGGCUUUGCCAACCGGAGCAACGCUGCAACUCCCGUACAGCAGCCAGUGGCUGUCAACGGUGUUCGACCUCCUCCUGGUGGUCGCCGACCAGACGGUUCCGACCGAAUGGAAGCGUGCAGGGAGUUCUUGCGUGGCGCCUGUCGACGGCCUGCUACCGAGUGCCGCUUUGCACAUCCGGGCCCGCAGGUGCAGUUUGACCCGAACGACAACUCUGUCACCGUCUGCAUGGACUUCAUCAAGGACCGGUGCAUGCGUCGCUCGCCGCCGUGCAAAUACCACCACCCGCCGCCGCACCUGCAGCAGCGUGUCCGCCAUCAGCAGCAGCAACACCAAGCGACGCUGUCGUCUGCUGGUGCUGCUGUCACCGCUGCCACCACGGGCUACAUUCCAGCUCAUGUCAACGCUGCGCCACUUCCGCUACCAAUUGUCCGAGGGCCAGCAGCCCCUCAGGGUCGACAGGCGUACGAUCGUCUAAGUAUGAUCACGAACGGCAUGGAAAAGAUAGAUCUGUCGGCGGCCGGUCCACCACCUGCGCAUCCGCAUAUCAUGCCCGCUGGCAUGGCGCCACCUCCCGCAUUUGACCCGUUCCUGGCGCAAGCGCAACAGGUUGGCCAAGCUGGCGUUCGUCCGCUUCAACCUGUUCAAGUGCUUCCGCAUCGCCACAAUGUCGCCGCGGCAAGGCCCAUUGCUGGAGCACCGGGUGCAGGGCCAGCCACCAAUGGCUUCCCCGUGGCUCCUCCACCGCCCGGUGCUACUGUCAGCAAUGGGCGUGUGUCGAUGAACAUUCCAACGGCGGCAUUCGGCGCUGCACCACUCGACACUGAUGGUCUAGCGUCUGCAGUCAACAUUGGUGUCGCACGCCAGCAAGCCCAGUCACACGUCCAGUUUGAAACGCAGCACAUGCAUAGCUCCCCCUGGAACGACGAGGAGGCGCUCUUCCGUGCGCAACCUGCCUGGGCUGCAGCCGGUGGUCCUCCCAGGGGCAUGCCAUUACAUGCCGCUGCUAUUGCUGGCGCCGAAUGGGUUCCUCACGAGCAGCUGGUGUAUGACACCGAUGCAACUGUCCAGAAUGGACACAACGGCAUGUGACCUUGUUUUGUUCGCUGCGUGUCUGCUGUCCAGUAGUUGCGUUCCAUCCGCCGUGUGUAGAUGAGGCGUUCACCUGUUUUAUAUCGUGCUAGUGUUGUCAUGCACACACGGGCGUGUUCCGUUGUUGGUGGCGGAACUGCUCUCUCGUACUUGUCAAUGUUGCAGUGAGUGUGGGGGUGUGGUGCCGGUUGCUGGCUCCUCUCCUUGCCGCCAGGUUAUCACACAGUACUAUCGUUGGCCCUCCCAGAGCUGCUGCCUACACUUGGGACGGCUGGCCGUGUCAAGCAGCUGCAUGUGUCCAGGGCAUCCCAGGGCAUGUUCUCUGGUUCCGGGGUGCUGCUUGAUGGACCACCGUCCUGGUUCUCUCUCUCUCUCUCGGCGGCUCUUGCUACUGUGAGCCCCUCGCCCCUCACUCUCCCUGCUGCUCUUGGAGCAAUGUCACAAUGACUCUGGCAGGUGUUCUUACUUCUGCAGAUGUAGCACCUAUCACUCUCGAUGCUAGUGUCCAAUUCCGUUUCUCGUGGUCUUAUUGUCUGGCCUUAUUCUGCCAGCAGUAGGCUAUGGGGUAUUGUCACUUCAGCUUUAGCCUCCGUGUUCUUGUCAAAACUCGCUGUAAACUUUUCAAGCCUUACGCUGGCUUUCUUUGUAACUUGUCCUACAUUUUCCAUCUCGCUGAAAUUCGCUGCACAUAGCUUUGCUUCUCCGUCAGCUGAAGAGCUGCCUGCGAAAACAAGGGGCCGCAGGCACAUCAUUAUUUUGUUGUUUUUGUUCUGCCAUCUCCCUGCCACCGCUAGUACACCGCUUGCUGGCUGUGAUCCGCUGUAAUCUUGCGCUGCCCGCUCGUUUUAUCUAAGUUGACCCGCUGCAUGUCCGUCUGUGCUGCUCUGCUUUCCACGUUGCUUGCUUGAGUCCAUGGUGGCGUUUGAUGUCCCAGUCGACGGGCUUGCUUGAAGCAUCAGGACUUUUGCCGCCACGCUUGCCAUGCUUGCUUGCUCGCUGCUGCUGCUUCUUGCCGCGUGUGGGGUACUGCUGCUACUGCUGCUGUUUGCCUCUGCUAUGGCGUCUCUUGAUUUUGAGCUGAGACUUGCUGUUCUGUUCUUUGACUUCGAUUUAUCUGGAUGUCUCUUCAUGAGGAUCUUUCAAUGCAUCGCUGUCCGAGUUGAGUGGACUCAACAGAGAUUUUUUUGUCUUGUUUUGUUGCUUCAUUUGAAUUUGAUUUCUCCCUAUUCUGACCAUUGCGUUACGUGAAUACGGUUUGAUCAUUUUAGUCGGUGACUUGCUGUUUUAUCAUUCAAUCCGCUGAUUAUGGCUGCUCAAUCUGCUGACUAUGGCUGUUCAACACACUGAUUUUGGCUGUUGCUCUAUUCCCCUCCUGACCUGAAUGAUUCUCAAUCAUAUUUUUCGACUUAAUGUAGUCUUUCUGUUCGAAUCUUUUCGAUCUCUUCUGUUCUCUGCUGCUCGUUUGUCCUGUUUGCAUAUUGUCACCAUGCCGUGCCCUAUGCUACAAAACUCUUUUGCAAGUUCUGCAUGUGUAUACUGCUCUUUAUCAAAUUAUUCCUCACGCAAGAAGUCUAUUAUGACUAUACCAAUGGCCACGAGGCCUACUACCGGA